GUAUUGGCGUGGCCCUCUGCUAACCAGUCUUCUCUAGUUGACUGGCAACUUCAACAGCGAACUGGUCUCCGCCCUGCCCCAGUCGCUCAAGUAUAUCUGCCACAAUGGCGCUGGCUACGACAAUAUCGAUGUCCCUGCUUGCACGAAGAGGGGUGGGUGUUUUACAGUACUAUCAGUCUCGUCAGUCAUGCUAAUGCAGGUCUAGGAAUUGCGGUUUCCAGCACCCCCGUUGCGGUCAACAAUGCGACUGCUGACGUCGGCAUCUUCCUCAUGAUCGGCGCCCUACGGCAGGCAUACGUUCCGUUGGCUGCGAUCAGAGCAGGUGUGUUGCACAUCACGGGUGUUUUAAUUUCAGAUGGUGUCUAA